AUUUGAUAACGAUACUGUAGCCAGGUUCAAGAAGAAACUUAGUGACCAUUGUGACAGUAGCAAGUGUAGCAGAAAUGUGUAAUGAUUCAUGAGUUUGGUGAUUCUUAUGAGCGGAUUCAUUCUAAGAAGAAAGAAGCAAUGAAAAAUGACAUCGACAAGUUCCGGAGAAACGUCAAGCCCUACAACAGCUAGCCCUACUAAAGAGGCAGGCAGCUACGACAUGACACAGGUGUGGAUAUGGCUGACAGUGGCAAUUGUUGUGUUUAUAUUCUUAUUCAAAUUCUGCGCUUGGUGCGUACAGCAAAACAGGGAGUCUGAACUCACACCCGCCAGAAGCCUGUCCACUGUGGCAAUAAUCGAUGCUGCCGCUCCUAUGUCAAUGACGUGUCCUCGUUGUGAGUGUUCCGAGUACUGCGCAGUUUCGGAGCAGCCUCCAUCUUACGAGAGUUUGCCGCCAGCCUACAACGAAGAUCCUCCUCCGUCUUACUCAUCUCUGACACUGCAACCUUUGCCGACUCAGGAGCAAGGACUACCAACUGCAAUCACAGAGAACCACACAAACAGCAGUUCACGGACUUUACAUUUGUAGCCGCGGUGGACUGUUGAGAGAGGCCACUUCCAGGUUACGUGCGUUCUUGUAAUAGUAAAUUCACCGGAGCGAAGGAGUUUCUGGAGCAGUUACGGCUGAAGCCAAUGGCAGGAACAUAUUUCAAGGCACCGAAGCUCGUGUAGCUGUUGGUUGAAAGGUUUCCACACCGAGGACUGUGUUUGCGUGUGUUUCUUUCGUGUGUUUAUAGUGUUAAGGAGCAUGAAUUAGACGAAUAAAGACACUGACUAGUAAUGUGCAAUGCAAGAGAACAAUUACGUAAAUAUAUAUAGAGAUAAAUGCGUACUUCCCUUUACCUAACAAAGUCCCUCGGAUCGACCCAACUUUCGAUCCAAUCGCAACUCACUGAUUCAUUUGUUGCUUAUCUGACUACAUUGAAUAAACUGAAGAGGUUACAUAGUGUCAACAGAGGAGUAAGGGAGACUAUGUAUAAUGAAUUCGAAAAAAUGAGAUAGAAAAAGCGAACAAAUGUCUAUGAUUAUUCCCAGCACCGUCGAUUUCAUUGUACUGUGACACUGAACCGAUAUUUAGGAACGGGAACAUUGCGACUGCUGGAGAUCCGAGACAUUAGAUUUUCGAUUGUGAAUUACAAAAAUUAUGCACUUGUGUGGUGACAGAAGGAAUUAAAUGUCACUUACCAGUCGACUUUCUUUUUAUAUAAAAAUAAUAUGACGUAAGAAAAUGACCUAGAGCCUGCUUCAUCAGUGUUCAAAAUUGCAGUGCAAUU